AUGGGCAAUCAAGAGCUACAAGAGUUCAUUGUGGUUAUUGAAGUAAAUGCAUCUCAAGCUGUGGUGAUUGAACAGAUCAGAGCGUCACUGGCCUCCAUUACGUUUCCUCUUCAAUUGGAUAACAAUACUGAGGUUACUGCUGCAAAUAUUACAACAGGUGUAAACAUUCUGUUCAAUAACUAUUAUUUUCCAUUAGUGUGCCAGCCAAAUGUGACCGAAUACCAGUGUGUAUGUGAAGAUGGUUAUGCUUGGUCCUACAACAACUGUAAGACAUACGAGGCCUGUGAUGACAUCAUUGUCGGCUCAUGUGGAUGUAUCGGCGGUGUCCCGAGUGAUGGAGAGAUGUGUGUGCUGAAGAGCGAAUUACCCUUCACAGACUUCCUGUUUGAAAUCGAGCUGGAAUCGACAAGUAUCUCAGUGAUUGAUGAGAUGAGGCGAUAUCUGCAGAACACCACAUUUCCACUGCAGUUAGAUGAACUGGUUGAAGUAUUAAAUGUGGACAUCACAACAGUGUGCAAUUUCAGCGAUGGUGGAUAUAAGUGCGUCUGUGAGGAUCAGUAUUUCUGGCCAUGUGAAAAGUGCAAAGAAUAUGGGAGCUGUGACAUCAUCACUAACAACACAUGCAGCUGCAUCAGUGCUAUUCCAAGUGACAGACAGUUCUGUCAAACAGCCAGUGAGAUUACAAAUAACACAGCAUGUGCACAACCACCAACAGUGACUCCAGUUUCGAUUGAAUAUAUAACUGAAGUCCAGAUAGAUGCUGAGAAUUCAGCCAUCAUUGAUCAGCUUACAAACUAUCUGAUGUCUUUCAGUUUGCCCCACCCAAUCAGUGACAGCACUAACAUUACAGAAAUCAACAUCACUACUGGUAUGAUCUCUGUUUCAGCUUUUGAUGCUGUUUAUCUAAAAUUAUACAUCAUGAAUACUUCCAUAAAUGAAGAUAUCUGA